AUGUUCAAAGCUUUUCAUCAAUGCCGUGCUCCGCUUACGUGUUUACUCGAGGAGCCAGAAGCCUCCGCCGGGAUUCAAACUCACGUUGGUCGACGUUGGUCUGAUGACGAUUCGUUUCAAUAGCUAGUUCAGCUCAGCGUAGUUUUUAUAUACUCUCACUCUAUUGCCAAGUGGCAUUUCCACGUCAGCGUCUAUUUUUGCUAAUUUGGAGUCUGUUUCGAUAAAGUAUAAAAUAACGAUCACAGACAUCCUUUAUGCCAAGUUCAAAGUAAGAAAAACUGAGUCCCACAACGAUUUAUCGCCAGAUAUAACCCGUUCACGGCUGGCUUGGCUAAUGAGCGGGUUAGCUUGCACGGAGAUGGUAGAUCAUGACGACUAUCAAUGCGCCUUCCGCAAAAUGCUGAAUUUUUGACUUAUUUCUUUUUAUUUUUUAUUUCGGUGACUGAAAGAAAAUCUGAAUUUAAUGAAACUAUUUUAAACGAAAAAGUAAAUUCAAUUGAAAAAAAAAUAAUUCAUCAAACGAGGUUCUUUUCAAAGGCGCAUGUAUGGCCGCCAUGAUCUACCAUCGCCGCGCAAGUUAAACCGACCGUUCGCUGACCCAAGCCAGCAGUGAACGGGCUAUAAAUGGUUUUCUGUUACUCACUAAAGAUAAAUACGGAGUCUGGCGCGAGAGAAUGCUAGGUCGGGGCGGUACAUUGACGAACUCGCAAACAUCUCACUCUGUCCGGUGGUGCGAGCAUCGUCUCAUCGCGUGCGACGAUGAUUAUUUAAUAAAGCCGAAUUUUUUAAAGUCUUUUUUUGAUACGAAUCCUAGAAAAAAGUCAAAGAAUGCAUUGAGAUUGGAGAAUCGCCUUCGAAAGCGUUCCUAAAGAGAACUCGCAGGCGAGCCGAUAAGUCGUGUCAUUUUACCGCGCCACAGGUUAGUGCGACAAGCCGGGCGGCCCGGGCCGGACUCUGGAAAAGAUUUGAAAUUUCAUUCCCUUUAGCUGAUUCACGGCUAGCUUGGAACGGUAAGGGGGCGUGGCCUGUCUGCGCUCUCCACGAGCCAGGCACUACCUCACGCAUUAUCGUGUCAGGACCCUUUUUUCGAUGGCUCGGGAACGGCGCGUUUGGAGAAGUGUCGCUUGCGGAGAUCAACCACCCGGCUUUCACGCAGAACAAGGCGGCCGUGAAAACGGUAGGCCUUGAGAAAUCGAAUUUAUCCAGGAAAAGUUCGAAAAACACGUCUAGAGCUGAAUUUCGAAAUUUGUUGUGUUGAUCAAGAGUUGCAACAAGUCUGAAUUCUGGGAAUUCUAAAGAUCUCAGAACAUUUUGAUGGAUUGGAAUAAAAAUAGGGAUAAACUUGCGUAGAGCAUCAUUUUGUCCGUUGUGCGGUAUUGAAGUUUUGACUUUCGUUGAAAAUUAAUUAAAUUUGAAGUACUUUUCGGACUUUUGUAAUGCACUGCUAGCGGUUACUUUAGCGGCGUCAGCGCUCUUAAGUGAUUACUAGAAAUGCUCAGAUGCGUUUUUUCAAGUGACCGAGGUCCGAGUUCUGUCAAAUAUGUAGUGUGCGAUAAAAGUGUUCUGUGGAAAAAAUAAAGACGCAAUUUCUGGGGUUUUAAGGUGAAGAAAGGCGUACCGGAGCACCUCGGACUUGAAGAAAAGUUCCUUGUUGAAGGAACAAUCUCCAUCCCGCUGGACCACCCUAAUGUUGUCCGCACAUUAGGGUGGUGUUACGAUUCUAAACCUCUGCAGCUACUGAUGGAACUGUGUCCGGGUGAGGCUUCCAAAAAGCAUUCCUUUCAAUCUCUAUGAAAAGUCUCUGUGAGAUUAGUUAACUUCGAAAAUAAUUUGAAAAAAUUCCGGAAAAUAUUUUUAAACGAGAAUUUUGCGAUCGCUGAUGUCAAUUAGACUUUUUGACACAUAUCCGCCUAAUCUUCGAAUUUAUGAAUUGCGGUUUCUUUCCGCCUAAAGCUUUGGCGGAAGUCUUGUUCUUUUGAGCUUACCGUCAAUUUUUGAAUUGAUAUCGUUUUUUGAAGGUGGAGCUCUAAGCACUUUUCUCAUGGCCAAGUCUGAGAAAGCCUCGAACCUGACCUUGACGAGGUUCUGCCUCGAUGCCGCGAGGGGACUCGAGUAUUUGCACGACGUUGGGGUCCUACACAGAGAUGUAGCCGCACGAAACUGUCUUAUAGAUGAACACGGAACGGUAUUUUCAUGGAACCUGCAGAGAAUUCACCAAAUUUUUCAGGCAAAAGUGGCGGAUUUCGGGCUUUCGGUUAAGGCCUACUACUAUGAGAUGACUACCGCGGAAAACUUGCCUACCCGCUAUUUGCCACCUGAAAGCCUGACGAGCUACUCUUUUAAGGCCGAAUCGGACGUCUACGCCUACGGGGUUUUCUUUUUCCUCAUAUCUGACUAAAUUUUGAAACUUUACAGCAUCUCGUCUGCGAAGUGUUCAACAAAUGUCAAAUGCCUUACGCCGGCAUGUCAGGACCGGAGGCCCGAAAACAGGUUACUUUUUUCUUUUUACAAAAUUAGUACGUUUUUUGCAGAUACUCGCGGGGAAAGUGGUCAACGUUCACGAAAGAGCACCCGAAGCUCUUCGCUUUUUCGUGGAAAACAGGAUCUUCGCCUAUCACGCAAUUUACAGGCCGACCAUGCCCCAGGUAUAAACUUUUUUUUCAGAGCGCAUUAUUCGACGCAAAAUAGCCUUAAAUUUCAUCUUUGAUUUUCGAAAAUGGUCAUGCGUUUUAUAACUCACAACUUGAUAACUAUCGCCGCUAUUUUUUCUCGAUACUUGAACAAAUCCAAAAAGUUUGAAAAAAGAAGCUUCAGAUAGUCGAGUUCAUGACAGAGGUCAUCAGCAUUUUGAAGGAGGUUUGGCUUCUAAAGUUUUCAUAAAAAUGAUUUCUUUUACAGGCGAAUCCGGGUGACAAUGCAGCAUUUGAGAUUGGAGCUGAAAACAAGGAAGCGAUGCAGCCGAGCACUGGAACUGAAGUGAAUCUUUGUCUUGUCUAUUGA